AAUGUCCUUAUCUCUCUCUGUUUCUCUCCCUCCAAUCUGCAAGUCCGAGGACAUUUCUAGAGAGAACCACCUUCCCAAAAUCACAAACAAAGAAGACCCAUGUCACAGAAAUCCCUCAGAACUCAAACUCAGCAGAAGAAACUUGAUAAACUCUACUGCUUUGGGGCUUAUAGGAAUAGGGCUCUCUGUUUCUAAGCCUGCAAGGGCUGAGCCAGAGAGCCCUGUUUCUUCAACCUCAAGUAGAAUGUCCUACUCCAGAUUCUUGCAGUACUUGGAACAAGGAGCUGUGAAGAAAGUGGACCUGUUCGAGAACGGCACCGUUGCGAUCGCCGAAAUCUUUAACCCGACGUUAGAGAAGAUCCAGAGAGUCAAGAUUCAGUUGCCUGGAUUGCCAGAAGAACUGGUGAGGAAAAUGAAAGAGAAGAAUGUGGAUUUUGCUGCUCAUCCUAUGGAAAUCAACUAUUGGCCUGCAAUACUAGACUUGUUGGGAAACUUGGCUUUUCCAUUGAUAUUGCUUGGCUCAUUGAUCUUAAGGAGUUCAGGUCCAAACACACCUGCAGGAGGACCCAACUUGCCUUUUGGCCUCGGAAGGAGCAAAGCCAAAUUUCAAAUGGAACCAAACACUGGGGUGACAUUUGAUGAUGUGGCUGGAGUUGAUGAAGCGAAGCAAGAUUUCCAAGAGAUUGUGGAGUUCUUGAAAACCCCAGAAAAGUUUGCUGCUGUUGGGGCAAGAAUUCCCAAGGGUGUUCUCUUAGUGGGGCCACCUGGGACUGGAAAGACAUUGCUGGCCAAGGCCAUUGCAGGGGAAGCAGGGGUUCCUUUCUUCUCUCUUUCGGGGUCAGAGUUCAUCGAGAUGUUUGUCGGAGUAGGGGCGUCAAGGGUGCGUGACUUGUUCAACAAGGCAAAGGCGAAUUCGCCGUGCUUGGUGUUCAUUGAUGAGAUAGAUGCUGUGGGGAGGCAGAGAGGGACAGGCAUUGGUGGAGGAAAUGAUGAGAGGGAACAGACUUUGAAUCAGUUGCUCACUGAAAUGGAUGGUUUUAGUGGAAAUAGUGGAGUGAUUGUCAUUGCAGCUACUAAUCGGCCCGAAAUUCUUGAUUCUGCUUUGCUUAGGCCUGGCAGAUUUGACAGACAGGUUACUGUUGGAUUACCGGAUAUAAAAGGAAGAGAAGAGAUACUAAAGGUGCAUAGCAACAACAAGAGGCUUGACAAGGAUGUUUCUCUCAGCCUAAUUGCCAUGCGAACGCCAGGAUUUAGCGGAGCGGACCUGGCGAAUCUCAUGAAUGAAGCAGCCAUUCUUGCUGGUAGGAGAGGCAAAGACAAGAUCACAAUUGAGGAAAUCGAUGACUCGAUUGAUCGGAUUGUGGGCGGUAUGGAGGGAACAAAGAUGACAGAUGGAAAGAACAAAACCCUGGUGGCUUACCAUGAAGUCGGCCAUGCCGUCUGCGCCACAUUGACGCCAGGCCAUGACCCAGUACAGAAAGUUACUCUUAUUCCAAGAGGCCAAGCCCGUGGACUAACAUGGUUCAUACCGGCAGAAGAUCCCACUCUCAUCUCCAAGCAACAACUAUUUGCUAGAAUAGUCGGAGGCCUAGGGGGUCGAGCCGCUGAGGAAGUCAUCUUUGGCGAACCGGAAAUCACCACCGGAGCCGCAGGGGACUUGCAACAAAUCACACAGAUAGCAAGACAGAUGGUAACAAUGUUUGGCAUGUCGGAGAUUGGUCCAUGGGCCUUGAUGGACCCCGUGGUUCAAAGCGGCGACAUGGUGCUGAGGAUGCUGGCAAGGAACUCCAUCUCGGAAAAGCUUGCGGAGGACAUUGACUCGGCGGUGCGACGCAUAGUAGGGAAUGCAUAUGAGAUUGCAAAGAACCACAUAAGGAACAACCGUGAGGCGAUAGAUAAACUAGUUGAGGUUCUACAAGAAAAGGAAACGCUAACGGGAGAUGAAUUUAGAGCAAUUCUUUCUGAAUUCACCGAGACGACUCCUAUAAAGGUCAACAAAAUCCCUGUCCUCUCUCUUCUCAAGCUCUGCCCAUCCAUCAAACACCUCUCUCAGAUUCACGCUCGCCUCCGUGUCUUCGGCCUUCACCGAGACCCAUUUCUCCUCACAGAGCUCGUCCGCUUCUGCGCGUUAUCUCCCUCAAAAGACUUGCGCUACGCCCGAACCCUUCUUGAUCACUCCGAUGACUCGCCGACCGCUUCGUGGAACUUCCUCAUCAGAGGCUACGCCUCCGGCGAACGCUCUUCUCGAGAGGCCAUCUCGGUUUUCCGCAAAAUGCGGGGCCGGGGAAUUAGACCCAACAAUCUUACCUUCUCGUUUCUUUUUAAGGCUUGCGCUGCGGUCGCGGCGCUUAGACAAGGGAGGCAGGUGCAGGUUGACGCCUUCAAGUUUGGAUUGGACGUCGAUGUUUAUGUUCGGAACAAUUUGAUCAAUUUUUACGGGUGUUGCAAGAAGAUUAAGGAUGCGCGUCGGAUGUUCGAUGAAAUGCCUGUGAGAACCACUGUUUCAUGGAAUUCGGUUAUUACCGCCUGCGUUGAGAAUCUGCAGUUUGGUGAUGGAAUUGGGUAUUUUGUUAAGAUGAGGAAUUCCAAGUUUGAGCCCAACGAGACUACCAUGGUGGUCUUGCUUUCCGCGGCUGCGGAGCUGGGAAACUUGAGCUUAGGGAGAUGGAUUCAUUCUCAAGCAAUUGUAAGAGGAUUGGUUAUAAAUUGCCAACUUGGUACUGCUCUCGUACACAUGUACGCCAAGUCCGGCGCUCUUUCUUUCGCCGAGGUACUCUUUCAUAGGCUGAAAGAGAGAAACGUAUGGACUUGGAGUGCAAUGAUAUUAGGACUUGCCCAACACGGCUUUGCCAAAGAAGCUCUUGAUCUUUUCUCAAAAAUGAUGAACUCUUCUGUACGGCCAAACUACGUCACGUUUCUCGGCGUCCUCUGUGCUUGUAGCCACACCGGUCUGGUACACGAUGGUUACCGCUACUUUCACGAAAUGGAGCAUGUGCACGGAAUUAAGCCCAUGGUGAUACAUUAUGGCGCCAUGGUUGAUGUCUUAGGCCGCGCUGGCCACCUCAGCGAGGCUUACGAUUUCAUAAAGAACAUGCCCAUUGAGCCUGACCCUGUUGUGUGGAGGACACUGCUGAGUGCCUGCAGUGCGAGUGGCGCCAACGAUGAUGAGGGCGUGGGGGAUAAGGUGAGGAAGAGGUUGCUUGAGUUGGAGCCGAGGAGGUGCGGGAAUCUAGUGAUGGUGGCGAACAUGUAUGCUGGAGUUGGGAGGUGGAAGGAAGCGGCUGAUGUGAGAAGAGUUAUGAGAAAGGGAAGGAUGAAGAAGCCGGCAGGGGAGAGUUGCAUUGAGUCAGGUGGUUUAAUCUGUAGGUUUUUUUCUGGUUAUGAUUCUAAUGCUGAUUAUGAGUGUAUUUACAAGUUAUUAGAUGUACUGAAUUUGCACAUGAAGAUGAUCAACCUGUAAGCUGUAACAAAGUUUGUUGGCAAUUUUCCUUUUCUUGUUGCAAAUGUGGGAAGUUUGGUAUUC